UUUCUGAGGCAUUCGGACAAAUCGACGAGCGUCCUUCUUGAAAAGGCUGAUAUAAGCAAUAUUAAUGUGACUUAUUAAAAAAAAAAAGACGUACAUAAAUAUUUAUUUAAUAACUAAAAACGAAUAUUCUUUUCACGCACAUUGGCUGCGGUUUAAUUCACACACAGUAGGGGCCAUUCACAUAGAGCAACUACUGCAAUGGAUCGACGCUUGAGACGUCCGCGCCGCACAGAGGAAUUUGCACCAGUUGCCGCCCCUGCAGCAGCUCCCGGCACACAGACUAGACGAGCCGGCUCCACCACAGCCCCCACAGUGGGCAUUGCAACGCGCACACGUGCCUCACCCUCACGCAACAAGGUGUUGCCAGACCCACCCUCAGCGGAUCUAGGGCCGCGCACACGCCGCUCCAGCAGACCGCGUUCCGCUGCCGGGCAGCCCACUGCAGCAGCAGCCUCCAUCAAGGCCACGAUAAAGGCCCCGACGCCCAUCAAGGAAGUCAAUGAGGUAUCAUCUCCAGUGCGCAACUCGAGCAGCUUUCCGAUUACAUUGACCACAAACACAUCGUCGCGUGCGCCCAACCAGGCGAUGCUCACCUCCUCGGUGAACAGCGGGGACAGCCAUCGAACCUACAGCAGUAGCACGACGACUACACAGCGCAUUGAGAUCCGCGCCGAGGGCGGCACCGGGGCGGAUGUGGACACGGAUUCCAUACGCAAACGUAUCACAGAUCGCCUGCGGCGUUCUCUAUCGAAAACCAUCUCGAAUGUGGCGGGCACGCCGACGGUCAAUAGGGAGGAUGCGGGCAGUCGCUACAGUCGCUCCGUUUCACGUUCUGUUUAUGACGACGAGAAGAGCUCGAAGCGCAGCUACUCCACCGGCGAGGAGGAUAUAGAUGAGGAGGACGAGCAACUGGAGGGUGAUGAGCAAUUCCGCAGUUUCAAUGUCACGCGACAUUCGACGACGCCCCUGCUGGAGGCUAAUGUCUGUCGGAAACUGCAGGUGCCCCGCGAAUUUGGUGGCUGGCCGGGCGCACUGCUGCUGCUAGUGCUGAUGCCCGGUCUGGUUUACUAUCUCACCUGGAGCUGCACGGCCCGCAAUGCCUGUCAGUUCAAGCGUGCCAAUCUCACGGUUCUGCUCGACUGGCACUAUCUGACACGUCAAGUGUUCCAGACGCAUGUCGUUGGCGUCUUCACGGCCUAUCAGUUUGUGGUCUUUCUGCUGGUGGCCCUGCUGCCAGGUCGACGGGUCCAUCUGACACGCGAAACAUACAAAUUCAAUGGAUUGGGCGUGUGCUUCACCCUGUUGAUCGCCGGCGGCAUCGUCGAGUACCUAAAGUAUCCGAUUGUGAGCUUUGUGCUGCGCCACUAUUUGCGCUUCUGCAUCUAUGGACUGGUCAGCGCAUUUGUGUCCGCCAGCUGGAGCUAUUGGCGAGUGGACACCACCAAAUACAAUGUGCUGCGCCAGACGCUGGCCAAUGACUAUGGGCGCAGCGGCAACUUUCUGGUGGACUUUGCUCUGGGGCGUCAGCUGAAUCCCAAAUGGCUGGGACGCGUCGACUGGAAGCAGUACUACUAUCGCCUCUCGCUGGUCAGCACCUUGCUGUAUGCCGUCUGCUACAUCUACCAGACGCUGCAGUGGCCCCAUUGGCCACAAGCCCAGGAGGGCUACGUCUACUUGUUGCGCUAUUACUGGAACAAUCUCAACUAUGAUGCCGGCGCUUUGCUGGCGGCCAGUUCGCUGCUUAUCUACGUGCUGGAUGCGCUGCUGUUUGAGCAUCACUUGAGCUGCUCCUUUGAGCUGCAGCACGAGGGCUACGGCUGUCUGCUGCUGCUACGCUAUGCGGCCACGCCCUAUUUGCUUAGCUCGGUCAGCAAAUACUUCUACGAGCAGCGUGUGCCCAUUGGCAGCUGCCUGAUGCCAGCUGGGGCGCUGUUGCUGCUGCUUGUGGGUCUCUGCAUCAAGCGCUACAGCUGCGCCUACAAGUACAAGUAUCGUCUGAACUCACAGAACCCCAUCUUCGCCAACAUCGACACCAUACACACCUACCAGGGCAGCCGGCUGCUGUUGAGCGGCCUGUGGGGACAUUUGCGCCAGCCCAACUAUUUGGGCGACAUACUCGCCCUCUGUGCGCUGGGCGCGCCCAUGAUCCUGCGCCCCGCCUGGCCGCCAGUGCUGUCGCUGCUGUUGUUGGUUCUUGUUCUCUUGCAUCGCGCCACCCGCGCCAAUGCACGCAAUCAGGGCCGCUAUCACUCAUCCUGGCACCGCUACUGCACCCAGGUGCGCUACUAUGUACUCCCCAAGAUUUACUAAUCUCGCGUCGCUCAAUCAAUUUUCAUUUUUAUUUGGCUCUGUCCACCGUUUUAUUUUAUUAGCUUUUAGUUACAUUCGAAUUUUCUUUUGUUUGUAUAUAUAUUCAGUACAUCGAUAUCAUGUAUUCCAUUCACAUUUGCUGCGUGUCGCAGUCCCCUUUUU